AUCCCCAUGAGAACACCCCUUACAGAGCUUUUAAUGAAACAAGAUUUCUUUAUCUUUCCCUAAAAUAUUCGAACUAAUUACUUAGUGACAAUGACCUCAUUACAAGUCUUUAGUAGGCUUGAGAUACCUUGGACCUAUAUAAGGAAAAUUAUUAACUUUUAAAUGUCAUUUGUACAAAAAUGACUUUCAAACAUUAUUUAAUAUUUCUUUUAUAUUUAGCUGGCAUUAUUUUGUGUGGCGAAGCAGUAUUCUUUCCUUCUGAUGGUAUUGUUAGUGCGGUUAAAAAGGCGCCAAGAUGGAACUUGCCCUGGCUUGGCUUAGGUUUAUGGUGUAACGGUUGCCCGGCGCUUGGUUGCGAGGACGACGAAGCCAUCAUCCAUGGUUACUGUUGUGGUUGCGCUUACUCAUUAGAUAAGCUGCCAGUGUUGUGCCCAGAGUUCCUUCAGUGUCCAUUAAACUUACACGGUCUUUGUCACGACUACGAGUACAUGAUGAGAUGCUGUUGUUAAAAUAGUUUUAUAUUAACUUUCACUCUCCUUAAGUAUAGUCUGUCACAUUGUAA